GUGAUAUCACUUGACUUGUAAAUUGUGAUAACGUCGAAAUAAAUAAAUGAAUUAUAUUUUGAUUUAAAGUAUUUAAAAUGACAAUUAUUGGCCUCACUUGAGUGCAGUUUUUGCUUAUUGUGUGUAGUUCGUGAGUAGCAAUUUUGUGUAAUGGAAAGACCAGCGAACAGUACUAACGAAAUGAGUCGCCGCGCCGGAGAAUUCAUAAGACGUGUAAACAGAAUAACCGAUGGACCAAUGACUAGAAAAAAACUGGUUAUAUUAAUUUUAAUUGUUAUAUUCUUAAUUCUCUACGUCGGUCCCACAUUGAUGAACUGGCUUUUUGAGUCUGAAAGCUCGGAAGUCAGUAAUCAAAUCUUAUGUCAAAGGAACUUUAUAAAUCCUUUUGAGGAUGCGCUUAGAGACUACGAUGCUUAUUUGAGACAGGAGACCGCCGCUACAUUAACUUCUUCACCGCACAACUACGUACCUUAUGUCGGUAAUGGGUUCCUGGGGAUAGUCCUCGAACAUGAUUCUCAUUUGAACAUAAAACAUGGCAGGACAUUGUCACUGCCGGUGUAUUAUCACCCGCUGUACAUUGUCAGCGACUACGAUAUGAAGGAGGCCACUCUUGUUGAUUACAAGAAAGGUAUUGUCCAUAGAUUUCAAUGUGGCAACUCUGGGAUACAAAUAUCAUUCCAGUACUAUGCACACCGUACAAUACCUUCUCUCUUUGUUCAAGAGAUUCUAGUGAAUAAUCCAACAAAUUCUGGCAAAACAUUACAAUUGUUGACUCCCAGGAUAUCAUACUGGCCGACUGCAGUUAAACAGGUUGUUAAACUGCAUCAAGGAGUUGAUACAAAGGAGUAUGAGGUUGUCACAGGUAUGGUGGCAAUACCUGAUAGUGAGAAGGUUCUUGCUGUUUCAAUUGUUUGUAGAAAAUUUGGUAAUACUAUCCAAGUAGAUGCAAGAGACAGUACUGAUAUCUUGCUAUUAACCACAGUUCAGUACAGCAAGCCAAUAAAAGAGGCAGAUUAUGCUAAACAUAAAGACAUUGUAGAGAAAAAGGCUUUGGAGGAAAUGGAGAAAGUGAUAGCUUUAACGGGAGACAGAUCUUCCGUGAAGAGUUUAAAAGAGAGUCACACCCGAGUGUGGCAGGGCUUGUGGUACACAGGAUUUUAUAUCUCUGAAUCGAAAGCACAGGGUAUCAUGAAUGGAGACCGUAUCAAUGCUACUAUAUAUGCAAUUCUCUCACAAGUCAGAAGUUAUGAACAUGAGGAAAACAUAAAAGCGACAACCAAAUCAGAUAUAUUACGUUCACUUACUUACUCGGAAGGUUGCUAUGAAGGUUAUUCAACUUUAGAUGCCCCUAAUUUGUGGAAACCAUUAAACAGUUUAUCAAAUUUAAACAGUGUUGCAAGUAUCUGGUUAUUGACAUUGGAGAAACAAGGCUGUCACAACUUGCUUCGAGCGGGAGCUAGCGGAGUAAACCAAGCUAUGGUACUGAGCUUUGGUAGCUUGCGGUUUAGUAAUCAACACUUAGAAUACAACAUACAUCCAUCGAAACUACACAGAGACUUUUUAUUUAGACGUGUUAAUUACGGAAAUAUGACUCAUGUAAACAUCAGUGUGAUACUGCAAGAAGAUAACAAGGCUGCCAUCUUUGUAGCCUUAGACCGUUCAGAUAGAACUUACUACGCUUGCGAUGCGGGUUGUCUCGACUCUCCGGUACAACUAGGUCCAUAUAGAAAGUACUUCCCAGUGAAGCUAACUGAACCGUUGACAGCUAUAUUGUAUAUAACAGCUGAUAAGCAGCACAUGGAGGAUUUAAGACAUGCCAUACACGUUAGAGAGGUAGUUGAAGCACCACCUCAUGAACAUCAUGUGAUAGCGUUGCAUAAACAUGGUCACAGCUUGGGAGGAUUGAAUCCGUUAUUCUGGAUUUCAAUUAUAGUGUUAAUUGUAAUGUUUCAUUUGUUCCUAUGUAGAAUAAUAAUGAAUGAAUUUUGUGACAACACUAUGAGUUAUAAAAGACUUUAUAAUAAAACUUAAUACGAAAGCAUUGUAAGUUGUAGAGCAUUAUGACUGAACAUUAUUUGUAGU